CGGGGCACUCUGGCAGCAUUCGAUGCCAUCAUUGGGGAGAACAAAGCACACUGUAGAAAGCUGCCCAUCAUUCCCACCAAACCUUGGAUGGUAUUCCCGCUGCGCCUUUCCGAUCCACGAAAUGAGUCAACAACAGCCAGACUUUACUCCUUCCACAGCUCCCAGGAAGCCGGCAUCAUUCAAUUGGCCUCCCUGACCAGCCUGACAGCUAUUGCGACCAGGCAAACAAUUCUGAUCCCGGCAGAAACUCCAUAUCAACAUCUCCAGAGACAUGUCGGCGCAACAGCAACAAGCGGCACCGGCGACCGCGACUGCGGCUGAGGACCUCCCGGAUGUCAACAUCAAGAAGCUACUAACCCGUCUCUGGCCCCUCGGACACCCCGACCCUGUGACGCCGGACGAGAUCGCCCAUGCCAUCUCUUACUUCUUCACCAACCAAAUUUCCGAUGUCCAGGCCGGCGCGCUGCUCAUGUGCCUGCACUUUACCGGUCUGGACCGCAGUGCCGAAGUGCUAUCCAAAACGGCCCAGGUGAUGCUGAAGGCCGCUGCCCAGACCGACCUCAACGAACUACGUCAAGUCAUUGAGAAGCGCGGCAGACAAGAAGGAGCCUACAACGGCGGCCUCUGCGACAUUGUAGGCACAGGCGGCGACUCCCACAACACCUUCAACAUCAGCACCACCUCCUCCAUCCUCGCCUCCUCCUUGCUACUCGUCGGCAAGCACGGCAACAAAGCCUCAACCUCCAAGUCCGGCUCGGCCGACCUUUUGGCCUGCGUCCCUCCCCGCCCACCCCAAAUUUCUCGAAUCCGCCCCGACACCGUCUGCUCGCUCUACUCCCAAUGCAACUACGGCUUCCUCUUCGCGCCCGUCUUCCACCAGGGCAUGCGCCACGUAGCCCCCAUCCGCGCGCAGCUCCCUUGGCGCACCAUCUUCAACCUGGUCGGCCCUCUGGCGAACCCGCUGGACGCGCUCGACCCGGCCGUUUUCGCGGGUGAAGGUGGAAAGGACAAACUGGUAGAGGCGCGAAUGAUCGGAUGCGCGCGCAAGGACCUCGGUCCCGUAUUCGCUGAGGCGCUCAAGAUGGGCGGGGCGCGCAAGGCCAUGGUAGUCUGCGGCGACGAGGAGCUAGACGAGAUCAGCUGCGCUGGACCGACGCAUUGCUGGACGAUCAAGCCCGCCGAGGAGGACCCAGAGGGCGAGCCGGUGGUGAACCAUUUCUUGCUUCACCCGAGCGACUUUGGGUUGCCGGCGCAUCCGCUGUCGGAGGUGUCGCCGGGUAAGGAGCCGAUUGAGAAUGCGGCUAUUUUGAGCAAGAUUUUGAACAAUGAGAUGCCGGAUGAUGAUCCCAUCUUGCACUUUGUUUUGAUGAACACUGCGGCGCUGUUUGUGGUGUCGGGUAUCUGCGAGGCGGACACGAGUGAUAUGGGACAUGGUGAUGACGGGCAGGUUAUCAAGGAGCGUGGACCAGGAGGUGGGCGUUGGAAGGAGGGUAUUAGGAGGGCGAGAUGGGCUAUCAAGAGCGGAGAAGCGGCGAGGCAGUGGGCCAAGUUUGUGGAGGUCACGAAUAGCUUCAGCGCAUAAAGUGCCAGUGUUAUG